AUGGCCGCCCCCACGCUGGUUGACCCGACCAAGCAGGCCGAGUACCUUAUUGUCCUAGGUGAAAGACUGUCAAAUUCGGAUCGCAGUCGAUUGAUUAAUGUAAACUACAAUUACAAGACGAAACACGCGACACCGCAGCAGCGUUCAAUCGUCACUCGCUCCGCCCGGUCGCACGAUCUCUACGACCUUUCCGUCGCCGAUAAGGCCCCGAGCGCCGAUCACACGUUGACGUAUGCCUACAAAGGCAGUGAGGAUCCCGAAAGUGAACGCAAUUUGGUGCUUGUUUUCGACCCCGAACGAAAAGUCUUUGUCUUGGAACCCUUAGCCACCAAAUUGAAUUUCAAUCUCCGAUCCGCGCCCGGAAAAACGGAGAAACAGGUUAUCGAGCAGUACGAGCAGCUCCGAAUAGCGCAGGAGGAUGAACAUACAUCAGGAGAUGACCCCAAUGUCGCGAGUACCAGUGAAGAUGAAGGUCCUGCGGACGAAAGUAAUCCAUACGACUUUCGACAUUUCCUCCCUAAAGAGGGCGCCGAGGAUCUCAAACCCGCCUCAGGCGACUCCACUCCGGAGCCAGUGUACACCAGCAAGGCGAACACCCCUGUAAUACCAGCAGCUAAGCCUGCUUCAAAACCAAUGCCACGGCCUAGAAAGGAGGCAAACCCACUUCGAGCUCCGAGACGCCCAGCGAGGCCCCAGGCUAAGCCCAAUCCGCCCAGACGGAGUCCCGACCCCGUUGUUGAGCAUAUUCCCGAACCUACAAGCACAAGUUUUGAUAAACAAGAGCAUGAAGAUGCGCGCUCCCCCAUAUCAGAUGCAGGAACUGGCUCAGCAUCUCAGCAGACUGUUCAGUCACCAGGCUCAAACAUAAUCGUUGAUGGCGACUUGAUAAUUGACAUGGGAUCUCCCCCUCCCUCCCGAGCAUUCAAGGUCAACCCAGCCUUUUUCUCCUCUAAUAAUACCCCCGAUGACCACGAUUAUCCCGAAGAGGAGAUGGAGAGUUUCAGACUUCCGUCUCCAGCAAGGAAUACACAGCCUACAUCAGCCCCUGCUGAUGCUGGCCACGAAGACAAUGAUCAGGAAGAUGAGGAAGAUUUACUCGCUGCGGAGAUGGAGGCUGCCUUUGAAGAAAGUGCCCGAGAAGAAGAAGCACGCACCCAACAUUACGGCCAGCACGCUUCGAGUCGGUACAACGUGCCCAGUGAUGACGAGAGCGAGGUUAGUGAAGAAGAGUAA